AUGGCCAACGUAACGUCGACCCUGACAUCGAUCCCCUCACCCACGUCUUUCCUUUCUUCUCUUUCGCUGCCCUCCUCGUUAGAGACUACCCUGUCUUCCCUCCUCGCGUCACCACUAUUCGCCAAGGCGAGCGGUGCAUCAUGGAAGACAUACGCCGUAUCCGUGGGGGUGGUCUACCUGGCCCUGUGCCAAGCCCUCCGCUUCCAGCGGGAGAAGAGCAUGCGGCGGCGGUAUGGGUUUCCGGAUAGGGCGAGCCUGCGCAAGAUGACGGUCGAGGACGCGCAGAAGAUCAUCAAGGAGCUGGCGAGCCUCGAGUUCCCGCAGAUGUCGGAGACGAGCCUGCAGUUCGGGCUCUUCAAGACGUACGGCGUCGAGACCAUCAGCCGCCUGCUGCUGGGCACCCGCAACCUCACGGACCCCGUGGCCAGCCGCAAGCGGUACGAGGACACGGGCAUCAUCAUCGGCGAGUUCAUGGCCAACCCGCCCAACUCGGCGCGCGCCACCACCUCGGUCGCCCGCAUGAACUGGCUGCACAGCAAGUACAUCCAGUCGGGCCAGAUCUCCAACGCCGACCUGCUGUACACGCUGUCCGUCUUCAUCACGGAGCCCGUGCGCUUCGCCCGCCUCUACGACUGGCGGCCCCUCAACGACAUGGAGCACUGCGCCUACGGCGUCUUCUGGAAGUCCAUCGGCGACGCCAUGGGCAUCCAGUACGAGGGCUUCCUGGCCAAGACCGAGUGGGCCGACGGCCUGGACUUUGCCCUCGACGUAGCCCAGUGGGCCAAGGCCUAUGAGGUCGUCGCCUUCAAGCCCAGCCCGAUCAGCAACAAGCCCGCCGUCGCGCUGAUCCCCAUGAUCACCUAUUGGGUCCCGCGCUGGGCGCAGAGCUUCACGCAGGAGUGUGUUCACGUUUUACUAGGAGAUCGCGUGCGAGAGGCCUUCCUUCUUCCCGAACCCGGCAUUGCUGCCGCCACUUUCAUAUAUAGCAGCCUGUGGCUGCGGCGUUUGUUCCUGCGGCACCUCUCGCUCCCGCGCGUCGUCCGGCUGAAGCGCCACCAAGAGGACACGGACGCGGUCGACCGGCCGCUGCACAUCAACUGGUCCUACGGGAACUACCCGUUCUACAUCAAGCCGACGCUGUGGAACCGCUGGGGCCCGGGCGCCUGGGCCGUGUGGCUGGCUGGCGGCAAGCUGCCCGGCGAGGAGCCCGAGGAGCACCUGCCCAAGGGCUUCACCUUCACGGACCUGGGGCCCCUGAACCGCAUGGGCCAGGGCGCCGAGGAGAUGAAGAAGGACUUUGAGAGGAUGCAGGCCAAGGGCAUGGGCGGGUGUCCGUUUGGUUAG